AUGGUCCUACGUAACUGCUCCAACUUCUUGAUCAAGAGGAACAAGCCCACCUACAGCACAGAGUCCAAUGACCUCAAAGCUCUCAACUCCUUCCAUUACAAUGGGCUGAUCUAUUGCAAGACCCUGGGCAUGGAGCCAGGCCCCAACAAAAAGGAGCUCAGCAACAUCCGCAACAUGAUCCGUAAGAACAAGUACCAUCUGGACCUGCGCAUGGCCGCCAUCCACAGGGCAGCACCAUCCUGUGCAGCCAGAAGAAUCCUUGAUGGUGAAGAGGAAGUGUACCGCUCCACCAGAAGCCCCUGA